UUUGUAACAGUGAAUCGGCGAAAUAAGCCCUACAAUUGGCCUUUUUGAGAUUGACAAAAGUUUUCCUCUAUAGCAGUGACAUGCUUGGUUAAAAAAGAGGAAAUACAGCUUUAUGUGAUCGUGCAUAGAUCACAACUUAAAGUUAUGUUGGGAUUCAAGCCACAGAAACAAAUCGUUUACAAUCGUCUUUUACCGUACAAGGAUAAGCUUGACGAAGAGUCUAAUAAGUUCCUAUCAGAAAUUAAAUACAGUCUUGGACGAGCUGUGGUUUUUAAAGAGACCAGCCCUGGAAUUCUAUACUGGAGCAAUAGACUGACAAAUUACAUAAAGCUAUAUGGAAGGAAGUUUUCAAAAGAAGAUCAUCUCCAUUUUAUACACAUCUUUUUUGAGUUGGUAACAGCUCCUAAUCUUGAUCCACAAUAUGUGAUUGCAUUUGGCCAUGUGUUGAUCCUUCUGCUCAAGAAGAGGGGAUUAAUAUCCAGAGAUGACCUUGUUUUGCCAUGGAGACCUCUUCGUGAUCUUGUGGAUUUCACAUUUUAUUCCAAAUUUGAAGUGCAUGGACUGAAGAAACAUCCUUUGAAGCUUGAAGAGACAGUGAAACAUAUUGUGUAUAUGUCCAGAGUGUACUUUUCAGAAGACUCCACACAGGAAAUGCUGGAUGAGUGGCGUCCUUUGCUCUGUCCUUUUGAUGUCAAGUUUGCCAAAGCAAUGUUCUACUUUUCCUUAUUCUUACCCACUACCCUCCCUCCAGAAAAAUAUGACAAGGGUUACAAGUUAUGGUUUGAGGAGCUUUUGGGAAUUUGGCAAGCUUGUACAGGUGGCUCAAGAUGGGAAGAGGACUGCUUGAAGUUGUUUGCCAGGCUUGCAAAAGACAAUGUGGGAUUUAUAGAUUGGAGUCCAUACCUUGCCACUGUGUUUACACGGAUAUUGAGAAAUUUUCAUCUUCCUGUGGGUGGAAAUUCUCCAGCUAGCAGCCUCAAAGAUUAUUCAAGCAUUAUAAGUUCAUUUGUAGUGUGGAUCAUCAAUUCUAUGGGCAGCUCCAGUACAACUCAAGACCAUCUCUGUAAACUGUUCAAAGCACUUGAAUCAUUUUAUCAUCCUUCCAACAGUGGACGCUACUCGGGGAAGCUUCAGAGAUUUCUCUACAACUUGCCUAAAGAAAUGAUUAAAAGGCUUCACAGAGAGAGAUUUCCAAAGAACACUUGGGUGACUCCCAUACCACAAGAGGCCAAGUUGACAGAUGCAGAACUCACUGCAUUUGUUGAAUGCCUUAAACCUGCUGUCAUGUUGGCUGUGUUUCACAAGAGUGGAAGCUUUGAUGCGGCUGGAGCACUGCAAAACUUGGCAUUAAUCAAACCUGAUAUUGUUCUUCCAACUUUACUGGAUAAGUUGUAUGUUGCCCUUGCCACCCUUACUGAGCCCCAUCAGUUGACAGCAACUUUAAACUGUGUCACGUCUGUAGCCAGGGCACUUGUCAGGCCUGAUGAGUCUUAUCCUGCAGGUCGACAUCAUGUUCUACCAUUACUACAGCUUGUUUUACCAGGGAUUGAUCCAAAUGACUUCAGAAAGGCUCUAGGAACAUUUAUGUUUAUAUCUACUGUUGUCUGUCUCGUUCCUGUGGUUGAUUGUUCAGAAGCUGUGGGAAUUGUAGAAAUGACGGAGGAUGAGAAGGAGUUGUGCCUUGCCACGGCUCAGUUUGAAGACUUUGUAUUACAGUUCAUGGAUAGAUGUUUUUCGAUGAUCGAUAACUCGUCAUUUGAGGCCACAUCCGAACUGGACAGCACAACGAUGAAAGCAGAUCAGCGGCAUUCGCUGGAGGGCAUGAUGGGAAUGGGUGUAGCGUCGACGUUUCAUGCCAUUCUCAUGCAGAGCUCCCCCAAGAUUUUUCAGAGUGCCUUGGAGAAGUUGUUUGCCUUCUGUGGAAACAAAGUACUUGAAACGAAAGUAGCUGGAAAGAUGGCCUCAGACAUGUGCCGUGCGGCUGCCAGGACAAAUUCCAACGCUACUCUAAAGAUGUUUGUGCCUCACUGUUGUUCCAUUAUAGAACACUUGACCUCAGUGGAAGGCGUGGCAGACGAAGAAGAAGUUGAUGAUCAGCUUUUGUGGAAUCUUCAACUUUUAUCCGAGGUCGUUCGCUCCAGCGGAGCUUUGGAGUACAAAGACAAACUCAUUACUGCUAUAAAGGGUACGAUUCAUCUGAAGUGCAAAGAAGCAGCCACUUUAGGAGCCACACUUCUGGAGCAUCUCUUGCGGCCACUGGCUAAGAUUUACCCCAUGGAGUGGAGAAGCAUAUUGGUUGAUUUUGGCACACCACCGUCAGAACAUCUCUUUAUUAGGGACUGGGGAAAGCCUGGGGAUCUUUUCAACUUGAAUAUCCAGUGGCACAUACCCACGAAAGAGGAAAAGCUUUUGGCAAAGGAGCUGUUGGACACUUUUCUACAGCCUGAGCUGACAAGACUGGAAAACUUCCUGGAUGGAUCGGUAACACUCUCGAGGGAGGAGCUUCAACAGUGUUUGAAUAUAAUCUUUGGCUGUCUGUCUGGUGCGGCCAUUCUUCUACCUGAUUGGCAGAGACCUCCACUUGAGAACAUAGGUCUGAAGACUCUCGUAAGUCGUGGACGAUUUCAGAAUACUGUCUCUAUGGAUCCAGAUGUGUCCAUGGGAGAAGACAAUUCACGAGCAAGGAUAGCGGAGUUGAUCCACAAACUGUUAGCUCAUCUUCUUUGCCACCACGAGGAUCACACCAAGGCGCUUUUGAUUAUUGUCAAGAUCUACGAUCUUCUAAUGCUACAUGUGGGAGGCCAAAGGGAAGAGUUUGAUAGCAGAUGGCGAAGUGCGAGUGCCGUUAAAAAAGCCAUGGAAGACAAGCUUGCAGGGAAAAAGAAACACGUCAGACCACUGCUUAUUGAACGAGUUCAGUUACAACACGAGAGGCGCAUCUUAGACCGGAUUUCAACGCAGUUAACAACACUACAUAAAGUUUUAUUGGACGAUUUGUUUAAACUUGCAACAACAGUGUACACAGAGGUUCGUAUCAAAGCUCAAAGAGUCUUGUCUUCUUGUAUCGAUGUGUUUGAUAACUUCGCCCGCACUUUGGUUCCACCAACACUCUCCAAGCUUCAGAACAAUCCAGAUGUCUCUCAUGAAGAAUUCAAGGGUGCGCUCUAUGUGUUGCUGAAUAACCGCAUGUUGUUCCUGAUAGUGCACUAUUGGGAGGUCAUGGUGGACGUCUGGCCAGUUAUUAUUCAGGCUGACCAUUCUGAGAAACCUUCAAUUAUAACUCUGAUUACAAUGCUGGCAGAGAAAAUGGUGAAGAAAUACGACACAGUGGCUAUCAGUAGAAUGGUGACCGAUGCUGCAGUUGAGCAAGCUAAGCGACUUUUAAACUCCACUGGACCGACCCCUCAAAGUCAUCUGAAGGCUCUCCCAAGUCCGACAGAGACAGCCCUACCAACCGAAUUAGAACUGAAAGAGAGCGAAGAGGCCUGGAACACAACGCGAGAGAGUAAUUUAAGGAAUUAUCAAAAACUCGUUAGUAUACUUGUUGAUAUGCUGGAGGGCGAGAAUUUACGCUGGCGUUAUCUUCAGAUUUGUUUCAGUUUCCUCUUAAUGCUAAUCCGUUAUGAUGUUCCUCUGCCAGCAAACGCAGUGAACCUGUGCGUGAAGUUCCUCAAUCAUGAUGCAUUAGUAAUUAGAAAGCUCGCAAUAGACGCCGUUGGAGCAGUCCUUAAACAGCAGAAAAGACCGCACGCUAAAAUAGUGGUCAAUCCUUACACUGUUGCUGGAUUACCCGAGCCAACGACAACAGUUAUUCAGCCAGGCGAUCGGGAAGAUAACAAGUGGCUGCAGUACUCGUCUGCUGUUGUCCCGAAAACAAAAAGUGAAUGGGAAAGCUUUGUUUUCAUAGACAAAACACACUGGGGUUACUAUACUUGGCCAAAAAAACUGUUGACUUACCCGUCUGCAGAAAAGCAACCUCUUCUGGGGAGAACGCGAGAUCAACUUUCAGAGGAGGAACGGCAUAUAUACGACUCAUUUAGUCAAGAAGAAUUUACGUCGAAAUUUAUUAAUUUUCUGUCUUUAGAAGAUAGAAAAGGAAAAGAUAAAUUCAACCUUCAUCGUUUUAUGUUAUUUAAGGGUCUCUUCAGAAACUUUGACGAUGCAUUUUUAGAUUUAAUAAAGCCUCACCUUGAACGACUUUGUAUAGACUCGCAGGAGAGUAGCCAACGUUGUGCUGUGGAGAUCAUCGCCGCUGUCAUACGAGGAUGCAGACACUGGAAAUUUGAAACGUUGGAGAGCCUGUGGGACUUUUUAAUUCCUCUUCUGAGAAAAGCCUUAUCUGCCGUAAACGUCGAGACCCUAGAGGACUGGGGCACUUGUAUGGCAACUGCUGUGGAGAAUCAGGAUCCGCGCCGAAUUCAUCGCUUUUUAGAAAUGUUACUUGAAGACCCUUUGGAUGAUCAACGUGGUUCCUUCUCUGAUUCAAGUCGUUUGUACUUUAUCCAAGGAGCGCUGUUUCAGCAGGAGUGGCGUGUUCCUGAUUUAUUGCACCGCCUGAUGGGUGUAUUAGAGCGUCAUCUAAACCAUCCGUACAAAAACGUGCGUGAUCGACUGGGAAGUGUUCUGUGCAGUGCUUUGAUGUACGACCUCAAGUUACGUAGCACCGCACCUACCCGCUCUCCAAACAGGAAGCAAUUUGUGAGCAAGAUACUUCCGCAACUGACGGGACUACAAGAAUUAGCGCGCGAGAAGGAAAUCAUAAGCAGAAGUGAUGUCAGUGUGACAAAUUCGGAGGAGACUGGAAGAGAGAAAGUAAAAGAUGGGUCACGUGAAAGUGAUGAGAGAAAGGAAGCCAUCAAACGACUAAAGACAAUGACAAACUGGCUUUUAUCACACGCUGUUCGCUCAUUAAACAGUUGCCCUGAGGAAUUCUUCGAUCUUCUUCCUGUGAUCAUUCUUUUUGACUCUCAAGAAGACGACCCCGAACUUCAACUCUAUUGUCACAGGACCAUUUCCUACUUAUCUCAAAUGGAGCUUCCAUUUAGUUUGAUUCCUGUGGCGUUACAGACAGUCAAACAGAUCGCUAGCAAUAACUUGUGGCACCCCAGGCGAAGCAUUUUGGAAUAUCUACAAGUGAUGAUUUUCGCCAACCUCUUUGCUAUCGCUAGUAACGCGAAGUUCGUUUCAGAUGUUAAGGAGCUGGUACUUAGUCUCCUAGCGGAUGAGCAACUAGAAGUUCGUGAGACGGCAGCAGCAACUUUCAGCGGUCUCGUUCAUUAUGGCUUCUUUGAACUUAACGACGAACUCCAGAAACAAUUUACUAACAUGGCGAACACUAAGCUGAAGAAAAGGAAGAAAGGUGUGGUUGGUGCAAACGGACUCAAUUAUGACGCAGCCCUGAUCCAUCGUCACGCUGGGGUGUUGGGGCUAGCUAGUUGUGUCCAGGCCUUCCCGUACGAUGUACCGUCCUGGAUGCCGCAAAUCCUGUUGGACCUGGGUGAUCAUCUACAUGACCCACAUCCGAUACAGGCCACUGUCAAAAAAGUCAUGUCGGACUUCCGUCGCACCCAUCACGACAACUGGCAAGAACAUAAACAGAAAUUCACUGAAGAUCAGCUGCUGGUGUUGACAGAUCUACUGGUGUCCCCGUGUUAUUACGCAUAAACAUCGAGGAACAAUUUCUCCUUCAGACCUCUGAUUUAUUCCACUCUUAACCAUCCAACGCUUAUCUUUUAGCGCCGCCUUGACUAUUACUGUUAACUAUUUUUGAGAUUAAUCCGACGUAAUCACAUGUUACUUACGUGGUCCUGUAGAAUGGAUCAUAUUUGUGCCCAACGCAGCAUCUCGUCGCGGAGAAAGAAGCUGCGUGACUUGUCACGCUAGUC